AGGCUGCGCCAGCAGGUAGUCGGCGCCGUGCUAUGGUGACGACGCGCCCGCGACUCUGUAUCGCGUCGGGCGCGCCGCGGCGACGAGCAACAGGUUAGGCCGCGGGUCGCGCCAGCGCUACACCGACCGGGCCAUGAAUGAUGUGGGCUGCCGUCACCAGAUCCUUCGAGAUCUUGGUCUCCUUCAUAGAGUACUACGCCGCCAGGACAACAGGAGCCAGCCCGAGUCCCAAGUCGGGUGCGGGGGCGGCUGGAUCGGGGGCGGGCGGCGGUGGCGGUGCGGCGGGCGGCAGCGGCUGUGGGGGCGGCGGCGGCGGCAGCGGCCUCCACGGAGACGCCAAGUCGCCCCCUGCGCCCCACAACAAGGCGCUCGCCGGCGUCAAAGGCGACCAGCAUCCCUCGAUGGCCUUCCUGCAGAACCGGUCUAUCUCGCUGGUGGACAUGUACAUUGACAACUCGGAGCCGUCGGAGAACGUCGGCCAGAUACACUUCAGCCUGGAGUACGACUUCCAGAACACCACGCUCAUUCUCAGGAUCCUAACGGCGAAGGACUUGCCCGCCAAAGACAUCACGGGUACUUCGGACCCUUACGUCCGCGUCACGCUGCUACCUGACAAGAAACACCGGCUAGAGACAAAGAUCAAGAGGCGCACCCUCAACCCGCGCUGGAACGAGACUUUCUACUUUGAAGGGUUUCCCAUUCAGAAGCUGCAGAGCAGAGUACUGCACCUCCACGUCUUUGAUUACGAUCGCUUCUCUCGAGAUGAUUCCAUCGGCGAAGUUUUUCUUCCUCUCUGCCAGGUGGACUUGUCAGAGAAGCCAUCGUUCUGGAAGGCGUUGAAGCCGCCAGCCAAGGACAAGUGUGGGGAGCUGCUGACGUCCCUGUGCUACCACCCCAGUAACAGCAUCCUCACCCUCACUCUACUCAAGGCUCGCAACCUCAAAGCCAAAGAUAUCAACGGAAAGUCAGAUCCCUAUGUGAAAGUAUGGUUGCAAUUUGGAGACAAACGGAUUGAGAAACGUAAGACGCCCAUCUUCAAAUGCACUUUGAACCCCAUCUUCAAUGAGACUUUCAGCUUCAACGUGCCGUGGGAAAAAAUAAGGGAAUGUUCUCUGGACGUAAUGGUGAUGGACUUCGACAACAUAGGAAGAAAUGAACUGAUAGGCCGCAUUCUCUUGGCUGGUAAAAAUGGAUCUGGAGCAACCGAGACUAAACACUGGCAAGACAUGAUUACAAAACCCCGACAGACAAUUGUACAGUGGCAUCGACUGAAACCAGAAUAAGGGCAGCCGUUCAGUAUUUCACUACCGUAUUUACUAUUUUUUUGUGUCACGUCCUUCCUGACUUGAUGAAGAGUAAUUGUUUGCUUCCUGCGUAAUUUACAUACAUGUAUUCGUUGAUAAUCGCCCAAGAAAUUCUCUUUUAGAAAAUUUAAUCCAUACUGCCACAGUUACAUUGUUUUAAUUUGUUUCAGUAUGAACUCUGAUCUCUUUGGAAACUUCACGGUUGGUCCAUUCACAGUAAUAAACAUUCCCAUACCAUUGUUCCCACUGUUGCUAGUACAUAUAUCUGUUUGAUUUUGGAUUUGUCUACCACAACAGCAAAUAUAUUGUGCAGUAAAUACGGUAGAGAACUGGGAAAUAAAGUAAGAAUUAUAAAAAUGUGUAUAUAUAAAAUGAUGAUGUAGUCUCUCUAUACUCAUCUGUGUCUAAGACUAGUUGCAUGUUUAUAUAUCUGUUGAUCAUCUGUUAUUCAGCUGUCCGAAACGUAAUUCCUUUGCUACACCUUGCAGUGUUAAUAGUUAUACCACUAAUAUCAUCAACUGAUAUCAUGUUAAUUUUAUUCUUAGGGCACAUAAUUAUUUUGGCUUCUCUGGAGUACUAUAAAACCUUUUAUGCUUGACAAUGGAGCAUAUUUUAUCCCACUGUACCAUAUACUUCUGUGCUCGAUAUGUACAUACAUGAUCUCUCUCUGACAUUGUAUUCUUAUCAUCAGCUAUGAGUGUAAUGCUGUUUACAAGUAAGUGGAAAAUUUUAUAGUCUAUCUGAUGUAUCAAUACCAGAUUAGCAAAUAAGUAGCAUAAUGGUAGUGUGAAAUAAUUUUUCUAGAAUACUAUUUAUUUAUGUAUUUUAAAUAUCUAUUGAAGAAGGUAUGUGUGCCCCUCAAAUUGUGACCCUAUCCUUAAAAUUCUCCUUUUUUGGAAAAAAUCAUGUAUUCUCAAGAGAGUCUCCCUUUUAACAUAAAUUCUCAAAUAUAGCAUAAAAGUGAUCAUUACACCAGCAAAAAUUACAUAGCAGGAAGAGUAAAGCUGAAAGAGAAUAUUGGGGCUAAUAUUAACAGAGAGACAAUUAUUACUAAAACUGAAUACAAUCUGAUUUGAGUUGCAUAGUUACGUUUACCACAAAUUAUUAAAAGUGAUGUAACAUAUAAAUUGUUACAUAUUUCUUGUUGUGUACAUUUUUAUCUGAUUGUUAGAGAAUUUUUAUAAUAAAUGUCUGUCAACAAAAGUGCUACACAUAAUUAUACAUAUUUAAAAUUAAUUUCAAUGUAAGACAUCUUACAGUUAAAAUGUACAUAAUGUUUUUUUUAACUUGCAUGUCAGUGUAAGAAAACUUCAUUGUCAUAACGUUCUAUUGAGCAAAAUCAAAUAAUCAAUCCCGUUAUCAUAAACCUUUGAUUCAUUUCAGUAAUCCAGUAGACAAUAUGUCAAACGAAAAUACUUCUUUAUUUUCGUCACAUAACUUAAAAUGCGAUACCUGGCAAGAAAGUUAGUAAUCCUGGAAUUGUUAAUUACAGUGAUUGGAAUUUUAGGAAUUCUACAUUCUGUUUGAGAUAUUUUUGAAAACGAAUAUUACUUUGCACAGCAUUUUUGGUUUCUCCAAUUAUUUGCUGUUAAAGCUAAAAAUU